UUUGUCGAGGGCGUGACUGCGUGAGCGACUGGGACGCGAUCAUUGGCAAGGUCGUGGGACGUACUUCAAAGCGGUCUCCGCAUCGUGUUCGGAUUGGUACCGUGGUACAGGCGGAGCCGCGUGCGGUCGUGCGGCCAAUAGCGCGGCGCGGCGAGCGGAAACCUCGUGAUUUUUUGAAAGCGCCACGAACAGCGCAGCCGUCCACGGGCAACGCGGAGCAUUCCGGACCGCGCGCGACGCCGAGCUCCCAGUGUGUUUUUACUCGGGGUUGAGUAAACUCCGGCCUGUUGUGUAUCAUAAUAUCGCGGCGUGCACACGCGGGUACUAACGGGGUUAGCGAGCGUGCGUCUCUCCGCGUUAGCGGCACCGAGUCGCGCCGAUCAACUGAAUGCAUCUUCGCCUCUCCUACCUUCACCGCGGCACCUCGCGCAUACACCCGUCCGUCUUUCGUGUGUCUGAGAAGAUUCCCGAGAUACACGGUCAACAAAAUACUACUGCGGAGCAGCACGCGUGCGGGGCGCGUCGCGGAUUCCAUGAGCGAAAACGUUGUGUUCUUCGGAUAUCAGCUGAGCGUGAUUGCACGUAGGAAUUUAUCGAUUUGCCUCGAAUAAAAAUCUGCCUUUGGAUCGCGGCAAUGCAGUGACGACAAGUGCGCGUGCUAAAAGUGCUCAAAGUGACAGAUACGUGCGUGAAUUUUUCCGCUCGCGAAUGCAACAACCGAUUAUUAAGGAGAAAGAUGAUUAUUGAUUAAAGAUAACAUUAAGCGAAGGGAAAGGUAGUAAGAUCCGAGGGACAAGUUACAGUUAAGGACAACGAUAAAUUCUAUCGACGAAUAAUAGUUUAAUAAUACGAUUGUAAACGAAAAUAAGUGGAAACGGGAGAAAAAUAUGACGUUAUUUACAUAACGAAAUAAAGUAAAAAAAAAAUAUAUAUAAGCAAUUUUUAAUAAAUCAAGUAUCAUUCUCUAACAUAAACAAACACAUUCGUCGAUGAAGAAACGAUCCAACGUUCACGAAUAAUAAUAACCGUUUUAUUCGGAGAUAUUUUUUCAUAAUUAUUAAAAAAAUAUGGGCAUUGUAUAAUUAUCUCUCGAUAUAAACAAAGAAAAAAAGCGAGCGUUGUAAAGAGAGGACAAUUUAUUUUACGCUGAUAUAUCAAAAAGAAAGAUUUUUUUUCAAGGCGUAAUCCGCGAUUUGCCGUUGUUCGUUGAUCGUACGGAGGAAAAAAAACGAAGAUGCAUACGCUGUUUGGCGAGCAGAAUGCAUACUAUCGGCAUGCGACGGCGGUGCCGGUGGGCAUGGGUACGCCGUCGUAUCCGGGGGUGGGCGCCACCCCGGGUUACUAUGAACAAUAUCGUUACGGCGGCUAUGCGACGGCCGCCGGUUAUCCGGUAUCGGGUAUCGGCCAGCAGCACAUCCAUCAUGCUGGCAAGGAUAUGGUGAAGCCACCGUAUUCUUAUAUCGCGCUGAUCGCUAUGGCUAUACAGAACGCGCCCGACAAAAAAAUCACGCUGAACGGUAUCUAUCAGUUUAUCAUGGAACGAUUCCCGUACUAUCGCGAGAAUAAGCAGGGCUGGCAAAAUUCCAUACGGCAUAAUCUCAGCCUGAACGAGUGCUUCAUUAAGGUGCCGCGCGAUGAUAAGAAACCGGGCAAGGGAAGCUAUUGGUCCCUUGAUCCCGAUAGCUACAACAUGUUCGACAACGGUUCUUAUUUGAGACGUCGUAGACGCUUCAAGAAGAAGGACGCGCUUAAGGAAAAAGAGGAAGCGCUCAAGCGGCAGGGUCUAGUGCCGGAGAAACGAGUACAGGAGGAUACCAAAUCCGGCGGCAGCCAGGUUGCGUUGCCGCCACCGGACACGCCGUCGAAGAAGCUCGGCGCUUUGGAGAACAGCACCACCGGCCUAUGUAAACCUAAGCGGGAGCCGGUAAACGAUCACAACGCCAGCACUCAUUGUAUGGCGGCGGCAGUCCAGAGCAAAUAUGGCUUGCACAGCCCGAUACAGGAUACCAAGACGACGACGGCCGUUGCGGCGCCCGGGCAAAGCGUUAUCCAGACAGCCUUAGGUCAUCAGGUGCAUCAGGCACAUCAAGUACAUCAGGAGUCGAUUCAGGAUGUCUCCAUGGCCGGCCUAGACCCGACCAGCUUUAGCGUGGACGCGCUGAUGACCACGCGGGAGAACAGCGGUGGUCUGAUGGCGCGCGACAAUCAGCACCACUCGCACCAUCCGCAUAGUCUUCAGCAUCCACACUCCAUCAUGAGCAGCAGGGAGUCCAUGGGUAGCGGCAGCAGAGACCUGUCAUCCGCAUGCACCACCACGACCACCACGACCGCCGCGGUAGCGGCGAUGAUGGCCACCACCGGCUACGGACAUACCAGCACGGUUUCCCGGGGCAACGCCUCGCCACCUGGCACCAUGUACACGCCGUACUGCGCGCCGGCGGCCGCCGGAUACGCCAUCAUGGACCAUGCCGAGUACAACUCGGCGAGGAACCACGCGAGCAAUGCCGUAGGACACUCGCAGUGGUAUCAGGACGCCGCGAGUCCUGACGCAGCAAUCUACCAGGACACCCAGUCCCCGAGCUGUCAGCUUUACAGGUCCAGCCCGCCGACACCGCUUUCGACGGGCGCGGCACCGUCUCCUCCGCUGUACCACAGAUAUUAUCAAGACUGUAAUGCCGUUAACACUAGCGGCAAUCUACCGAUAACGUUGCAUAAGUACUGAGAAUAUCGGAAUUCAAGGUCCCAUCAACGGGACCUUGAAGAACACCAUGGUGACAAUUAUGAUCCGAGCUUGGUUUACGUGAAACAAGAAUGGAUCCCCUCGACAGAUGAACUCGCCAAGGAAUGGAACUAGAAAAAGUGUCAGAAAUCUGGUAAAAAAAUUACGUAACUCUAGUUUUCUGCCCGUAUCGAAUUGUAUCUUCGUAUCGCGGAAUUCUUGUCGGUAAUAUGUAGGCAAUUAGCUAAUGCGACGAUUAGCGUAAUAAAUCGUGAAUGUUGAAGAUAAUUAUGUGACGAAUAGCGUUAAGCUUAAACUUUUAUCGAGUUUUCUUGGUAGAAAGAUACAAGAAUCCACAAUAUUGCUUUUCUCAUUUUUUUUUUUUACAUCGUUGUAAUAUUCCAACAAUCUUCAAUUAAUUCGAAAUAUUAGUUAAAUAGUUCUUUUUUUUAUAAUAUAAGUCUAUUAUUAGAAAAUUUAAAUAUUUUUUUGAAAAAAUAACAAGAUUAAAAAGGAUCUCUAGUACACAAUUUUCCGGAAAGUUUAAUAAUAUUCCGAUUCAAUGAACUCUGUAAUCUAAAAACCUGAGUGAUUAAAAUCCAUAGCUCUCAGAAUAAUAUAUAAAAGAUACAUAUAGAAGAUGUAUAUAAAAAGGACCAUAAAUUUUAAUUGGUGAAUUUCCUCUUCCCUUUUUAACACGCUGACAUAUGAUUCAUCGUUUUUAAUCAACAGCAUCGUAAAUUCAAUAAUCGUAUGAGUCGAUUUUCCUUAUUUCACUCAGCAGGUUCGCUUGAUUUAAUGAAUGAGACGCGAGUGAAUGCCCGGGAAGAGGAAAUCAACCGCAAAUUUCGACUUAAUCGUUCUCACCUGCGCAAACAUCGCGAAACCCGUCACUGACCUACCUAUAUAACGAAUUUUUUUCGGCCAUCGCUGUUUUCGCGCACAUCUGUGCAAACCGCCGUAAAUCGCGCGAGGAAAUAUCGCUCGGCGCGUCUCUGUUUGCCAAUUGUCUGCUUCCGAUAGGUAUAGCGAUAAGGACGAAUCAAAGUCAUCGGCCCGGAUCGUGGCGGUUCCGAUUUUUUUGACGAGUCUGCGAUUUUUCACGGAAUUCGCAUUACGUCGAACACUAUCCCGAUAUUUCGAAAAUAUGACUGCACGAUUUGCUCACUUUUUUUUUUUUUUCUUUUCGCCAGGAUAUCCUUGGAACGGGUUAAAAAAGUCAUUGUUUGCUUUGCACGCGACGCGUUUUGCAUCGAGUAUUUUUCGAUGCCGAAAUGUUCGCUUUUUUAGUAGUGAUUAUUCCGCAACGAGUGAUUCCAGAAUUUUCACAUUUAAUGCGAACACUAUGUCGGAGCGAGUUACAAGCAGCUCGUGCAAUAAAUGGCCAGAUCUAUUGCUAGAUUAUUUUAUCGUUAUCGUAAGUAGAAAUGAUCUAAUAUUUUAAUAUCUUGGAAUAACGGGAGUUUCGAGAGAAUUCGUGUCUCUCUCAUAAAAUAACAUUUAAUAGCGAUAUGAUUCUCUCAAUCAUCUUUUGUAGUAAACAAGAUUUAUUUAAAAUUAUUUUAUGACGAAACGCAUUCGUGUGUGUUGUUCUAUAUUUAAAUGUAGAUUAAAAUUUACUGCGACGCGAUAUAUUUUAAUCGAUAAAUCAGGAAACGAUAAUCGUCACGAUUGGAAGCGUCUCGUUAGUAUACGGGGUGCAAGAAAUAGCAAAGUUAUAUAAUAAUGUAAAGUUAUAUAAUAGUAUACUGAGAAAAACUAAUCGUGUGAUCUUAUGUUUUCGAUGUUGAUGAUGAAAAUUUAUUCAGCCUCAGUCUUCGCCUCUAGAGGUGUGUUUAAAAUUUGAGCACAACAAGAGGAGGCAAUAAAAAGAGUUGUAAAAAGAAUAAUAGCUUUAGCGAUUAGUGGAACAUUGUACUUUCUUCGCAAGAGAUUGCACCUCGUUCUUGUGCAUUUAAUCAUGUGAUCACCUUUCUUGGUGCCGGAGAUUCGUGCAGUAUUCGACGAAAAAGAGCUGAGAUAAUAUAUAUACAUAUAUAUACAUAUAUAUAUUUAUUAAUCGCGCGUACAUUAAAUACGAAUCAUGUGAAUAAUAAUUAGCAUUUAAUGCUCGAAUUGAUCGAUAAUUAUCUAGGUCAGAUUUCUGCGUGUACAUUAUUAUGAGCAUCGAAUAUACAUACGUAUAG